AUAUCUUCUCUUGAUUACUACUACUACUACACACACAAUCCUAUCUCCGACCCAAAAUGACGUGCUCUUCUCUCUACGCUUCGCUUCUCUUCUUUGCCUUCAUCUUCGUCACGCAUGCAUUCGACCUCAGCAUCAUCCAGAUGCAACAAGAAACAUGUCCGUACACGGUGGUUGUCAUGACGAGCUGCCUCUCUCCGGAGACGACAAGGGAUCAGAUCAGUAUCGUUUUUGGCGAUGCCGACGGUAACAAGGUGCAUGCACAGAGACUAGGCGGUUCGGUAAGAGGAUCAGGGGGUUUGGGGAAGUGUUCAACGAACACAUUCCAAGUCAGAGGUCAAUGUCUGAAUAACCCUAUCUGCUCUCUCUAUAUCAACCAGGAAGGACCCGACGGUUGGGUCCCAGAGUCCAUCGAGAUCUACUCAGAAGGCUCAAAGUCCGUCAAAUUCGAUUUCAGCAAGAGCGUACCUAAAAACACUUGGUACGGCCACAACAACUGCAACACCACAGGCCCGCCAUCGGCUCCCGGUCUUCCUCCGCCGGAAUUCCCGCCGGAGUUUCCACCGGAGACACCUUCCGUCCCACCACCUGCUCCACCAAGGCCGUCAGCUGCUUCUAGGCGUGGAGAUGGUGAGAGUGUUUUCCUUGCGUUUGCCACUGCGACUGCGAUCGCUGCAAUGGUGCGUUAGAGUUACUAGUUAUUGAGCAAUGUGUUUAGUUGCGCGAGGCUCUUCUUUCCGUCGAGUGUUUCUGUUUGUUUUCGUUUUGCUUCCGCCUCUCUUCGUUGGUGUAGAAAAACAUAAUUACUUAUAAAGUAUGUGUGCAUGAGUUGCUAUUUUAGCUUUUGACUA